CCCUAUUCUAAGGAGCAAAACCCCAAAUGAUCCCAAAUGUUGUUCUUCAAGACCGACUUCCAAAAUUCCAACUGUGGUCGUGUGGAUGAGAACCACCGUCGAUUCCACACCUGUCCAACCUGGGUGGCUCGCCUAAAGCAUCCUCAGCCUUCAAGCAUCACGUCCUUCGUUUGGAUCUGGUGAGCGAACAGAGUGGGUUCUGCAUGGUUUUUCUUUCGAACCACCCAAACCACCCGAAUCGGAGAGUUCUGCCGUCCGUGGAGCGCCUGAGCUGGAAGUUGGUGUUUGAGACGUGCUUGAAUUCAAAGGAUUUGCUGGGCAUGUUUUCAAACAUGUCAAACGUGCAUUUUUCAACACUGCAAACCCCCAAAUCCAGUACGUCUCGGUCACUUCGCUGCUUUUGGCCUCGCUUUGGGCCGACACUGCUUGCCUCGACCGACACUGCUUGCCAGUGGACUUCCGAGUGCCCAUUGACGUUGGAACUCUGCCCAGAGCCACCACGUAUGAUUGUGGUGUGGCCGUCCGGCCGGGCUUGGAGAAGUUUCUUGAGUGGAUCAAGGAGCGGAGGCGCGAAGGCCUGAUCGAAGGCCCUUGGAUCUACACCACCUCGACGCCAAACUAUACCAAGGCUCUGAUGCGACACGUGGAUCCGGGUGGCAAAGUCUUCGCCAUGCGCGUGCUUACUCGGGAUCAAUGCACACCUUGCCAAGUACCAGGCUUUUUCUUGAAGGAUAUGUCGUUGAUCCGGUCCAAGAUGGAUGGGGACGACUCCAACUCACUGCAGCGCAGGAUCUUGGUGGACAACAAUCCGGUCUCAUGUGUGCUUCACCCAAGCGGAUCAGUGCUGGUCCGCGAUUGGCUUGGCGACGCGGAGGAAGACCAGGAGCUGGAGAGACUUCAAAAGCUGCUUGAGGCUUUGUUGCAGGACAGUCAGGGCGACUAUGCUGCCCGUCUGGUACGGAGCUUGGAGAUGAUCCCGAAGGGCGAAGUCCUUCUGAUGGAUCGGUGGGAGUAGAUGUUAACGUCUGGAGCUUGUCAUGUGGCCGAGGCCACUUUUGUGACUUCCCAACUUGCUCUAGCUUCAGAAAAGCAACAACAACAACAACAACAGCAACAACAACAAGAAGAGGGAUGAACCGGCGAACACUUGGAUUUCCCCUCUUUUGAUGAAUUCUUCGAGUCGCCUCGACCGCAAGAGAGAGAGAGGAAGAGAGAGAGGGAGAGAGAGAGAGAGAGCGCGCAUACGCGCGCGAAUCUAGGCGCAGAUGACCAGAGG